GCCUUAGACGCAGCACCAGGUAAUUUCCUCCCAGGCCUCCAUGGGCUUAUGUAUAAAGGCCCCUGGAGCUCGUCCUUGACAGACCCCAGAGCCUACAGGCCCACCCAGACCCUAGUCUGAGCCUUCUGCCCAGAGCCCCAUGAAGCUGAUGGCCCUGCAGCUGCUGCUCUGGCACAGUGCACUCUGGACCAUGCAAGAAGCCGCCCCCCUCGGCCCUGCCAGCUCCCUGCCCCAGAGCUUCCUGCUCAAGGGCUUAGAGCAAGUGAGGAAAAUCCAGGCUGAUAGCCUUGAGCUACAGGAGAGGCUGUGUGCCGCCCACAAGCUGUGCCACCCUGAGGAGCUGGUGCUGCUAGGGCACUCUCUGGGCAUCCCCCAGGCUUCCCUGGGCAGCUGCUCCAGCCAGGCCCUGCAGCUGACAGGCUGCCUGAGCCAACUCCACAGCGGCCUCUUCCUCUACCAGGGCCUCCUGCAGGCCCUGGCAGGAAUCUCCCCAGAGUUAGCCCCAACCUUGGACACGCUGCAGCUGGACGUCACUGACUUUGCCACCAACAUCUGGCUGCAGAUGGAAGACCUGGGGAUGGCCCCUGCCUCGCCGCCCACCCCAGGCACCACGCUGACCUUCACCUCGGCCUUCCAGCGCCGGGCAGGAGGGGUCCUGGUGGCGGCCAAGCUGCAGCGCUUCCUGGAGCUGGCCUACCGUGUCCUGCGCUACCUGGCCGAGCCCUGAGCAAAACCUGCCCUCAUCCAGCAUAUUUAUCUCUAUUUAAUAUUUAUGCUUAUUUAAACUUAAUAUUUAAAGACGGGGAAGAACAGAAAGGAGCCCCAGACUCCUGGGUCCUUCCCUCCACCUCCAAGUUUCAUUCUCCCGCCUGUAGCAGGGAGAAAAACUCCUAUCUUCCCGUCCCCUGGACUGGGAGGUAGUUGGUAAAUACCAAGUAUUAAUUCCUGCGACUGCUCCCUGCCUGGCCCCGAGGUGGGCACUGGAAGGGCAGUGAACCUCUACCCUGAGGGUGCCCACCUCGGGGCCCUUGGAAGCAUCAGGAAAUCUCCCACGUGGGAGACAAGACAGCCCUGUUUAAUAUUUAAACAGCCGUGUUCCCCAACUGGGUCCUCGCACCCCUUACUCCCCUCAACAUGGCCUGUGCUGCUCCCCCUCGCGUCCCGUUCACUGCAGAGGCAGCUGGAGCAGGAUGCCUGACCCUGGGGGCCCUCAAAGUUUUAAGAUUUUGAGGGGCAUGUUUCGACUCCUCGCAUGGGGAGCCCAGACAUCACCAACAUCUCUUGUUUUUCUGGAAGCACUACCAGCCCCACCCACUGGGGUCAGGGUUCUGACCUUUAGGGCCAGUGGAUGGUCCUUCUCUGCCCUGCAGCGUGGGGACUGGGACCGUGCAAGGGAGAAGAUGUGACGGGCUUGAGAGGGAAGCCCCAGUGUUCCACCUCAUUCU